AAACUCUCUUCAGAAAAGUUGACAACCCUGCUGAAUGCGGAGCUAAACAAAAUCCGAAAAACACGAAAAUCCGGCAAAAAGACCCAAAGGAUUCGGAUUGAGCCAUGGAAACGGAAGAAGGAAAGCGUGGUCGCGGACGUGGGCGUGGCACCAGAGCGCGUGGUCGUGGACGGGGACGCGGACGCGGUCGUGGCAAGAAAAUUGACGACAGCAGUAUCGCCGAUGCCGCCGCCGCUGCAGCCCUGGCAGCCAGCAAUUGUGCAGCCCUGGAGGACAGUCCUGGCAGAUUGGAUCCAUCCGAGGAUUCCAUCAUGCAGGACCUGGAAAAGGACGGCGACUUGGAGGUGCAGUCCGGGUUGGAGGAGCCAUUGCAACAAGGAGUUCAGGGAACAGUCAGCGAGGACAUGACGCCACCAACGCAACAACCACAGGUCCUGCAGCAGGUGCCACCACCUGUGCUCAGCCAAACAAUCGACAUGGAGGCGGACAUAUCGCAGCUGGAGGCGCCCACCUUUACCACACUGUCUCGCGGACCUCCGGAGCCAAUGCUGCGCCUCAAGUGGAACCACAAGGUGAGCCUGAUCGGCGAGAAAGUGCUCAACCCGAUGAUCCACUGCUGCGAUCAAUGCGACAAGCCAAUACUUGUGUACGGCCGGAUGAUACCCUGCAAGCACGUCUUCUGCCUCAAGUGCGCCCGCGCAGAGCCCAUCAAGAGCUGUCCGCGGUGCACGGACAAGGUGCUGCGCGUCGAGCAGAGUGGCCUGGGCACCGUGUUCAUGUGCACACACGGCGGCAGUCGGUACGGAAGCUCCGGCUGCCGGCGAACCUACCUCUCGCAGCGGGACUUGCAGGCGCACAUCAAUCACAGACAUGUGGCGCCACAGCCUCUGCCGUUGCAGCCAUUGUCGCAGCUGCCGUCGUCGGCGGAGCAACAGCAGCCGAAGAUACCCCAAGAUCUGGGCGGCGUCGGCUUGGGCCUGGAGUUGCACAAGCAGCGCAAGCUCUCCGAGUCGUCUGCCCCCGUUGUAUCCGUUUCCGUCUCCUGCUCCUCCUCCUCCUCGGUCUCCAUGGCCCGACCCCACACAUUGCGUCCACUGAGCGGAGUUGUGGGCAGCAUCGGUAGCAUACCGCCACCGGGAUCGGUUGCUGCCGCCGCCCAAAGCUCAAUCCAUGGCCACUCAACGCUCACACUGGCCAAUCUGGCCAGGAUCAACAAUGCCAAUGCCCAGGACUGUCACCAGGGCAAGGCCUCGCUGCACCACAGCCUCAAGAAGGGUCCGCCCCACCAGUCCGAGUCUGUGGCGGACGCCUCCUACUACAGCAGCGUGCUCGCCUCCUUCGGCAGUGCGGCAGCAGCGGCGGCGGCGGGAUCUGGACUCGGUGUACCGGGUGCCGCACCACCGGCUGGUUCAAAUCCCAGCAACUCUUCGGGUGGCCCAGGUGCCCAGGCCGGCGGCUCCGAGACGGCAGCGGGUGGCUCGAGUGGCAACUGGCAGCAAGCGCAAUACUACAGAUAAGGGACCGCAGUCCACAGGGGCAGCUGAUUUUUACGCAGGCACGGCUUUUAAUUAAGAGAAUGACUUGUAUUGUUAAGAGGAUCUUAUUAAAACUAUUUUAUUGGGUUAGGCCAACCCGAAAUAUUCAAAA